AUGGUUGAAAACAAUUCGGUUGUAAAACAGAUUUCGUAUGGCGAGAGACGAACAGUUCAAGUACGAAGGACGACGCGUUGGGGCUUUUUUGUUACGCCAUGCUGCUGUUGUUUAUGCGCGUGCGGUACACUAGCAGCUGUCCUUCUAAUGGCUAUUGCAGCAAUUCUUGUUUUACUAUUGGCCCAACCGAGAAUACGAACGACGACAACAACAAGUACGGUAACAACAGCAACGACUACAACUACCACAUCAACAACAUCGACUACAACAUCAUCAUCAUCAUCAUCAACGUCUUCCACGUCAUCAUCGUCCUCAACAUCUUCCACAUCGUCUACAACGACAACAACAUCCACAUCGUCGUCAUCAUCAACAUCAUCAACAUCCACUUCUACAUCAUCGUCAUCAACAACAACAACGUCUGAAACGACAACGACAACAGCAUUUGAUUCUUGUAUGAAUCUUCGUUGGAAUAAAACAGGUGCUGUCGUCGCAGGAAGUUCAUCGGGCAAUGCUGCAAACAAGUUCAAUGCUCCGGCUUGUAUAUAUAUGAACGAAAAUGAUACGUUUUAUGUUUGUGACGCUGGAAAUAAUCGAAUUCAAGAAUGGACGGAAAAUGCGUCAAGUGGUACAACUAAAGCUGGAAGUAGCAGUGGAACCACUGGGUCGUCUUCAUCAUUACUCGAUACUCCAGUAGAUGUUUUUUUCGAUAUACACGGUUAUAUGUAUGUGACCGAUACUGAAAAUCAUCGCAUUCAACGUUUUCUUCUGAAUUCUUCUCUUGCCACANGGAUGAUUGAUAUAUCAUAUUCAUUCAAAGGUUUGUAA